AUGGCUCUGUCGACACGAGCAGCAACACGGGCUCUGAGAGCUUCCAAGGUAGGAACACACUCGUCCGGCCCGCGGCUUCAGUAGUUGAUCGGAAGAUACAGCUCUCACGGAGUGUGCCAGCACUCGCCAAUGCAUCUCGCAGCUAUGCCACCGCCGAGCCGGAUCUCAAAGAGACUCUCAAGCAGAUUAUUCCCGAAAAGAGAGAGCUGUUGAAGAAAGUGAAGGCCCACGCUUCCAAGACCAUCGGCGAAGUCAAGAUCGAGAACACACUGGGUGGUAUGCGAGGACUGAAGGCCAUGGUUUGGGAGGGAUCCGUUCUCGACGCCAACGAGGGAAUUCGCUUCCACGGCAAGACGAUCAAGGACUGCCAGGAGGAGCUGCCAAAGGGAACAUCUGGCACUGAGAUGCUUCCAGAAGCUAUGUUCUGGCUACUUCUCACUGGACAAGUCCCAAGCACCCAACAAGUGCGUGCUCUGAGCAGAGAGCUCGCGGAGAAGGCACAGCUUCCUGCCUUUGUGAACAAGAUGCUCGACGACUUCCCAAGAGACCUGCACCCAAUGACCCAGUUUGCUUGCGCUGUGUCUGCCCUGAACUACGAGAGCGUGUUCGCAAAGGCGUACGAACAGGGUCUCAACAAGGCAGAUUACUGGGAGCCGACAUUUGAUGACUGCAUAAAUCUGCUUGCCAAACUGCCUACCGUGGCUGCCAAGAUUCACCAGAACGCAUACUGCGGUGGUGGAGCGCUUCCUGCGGAAGUCGAUGUCAACCAAGACUGGUCGUACAACUUCGCUGCCAUGCUUGGCAGGUCUGGCAAGGAGAACGAAAACUUCCAGGACCUGCUCCGCCUAUAUCUCGCUCUGCAUGGUGACCAUGAAGGCGGUAACGUGUCGGCGCACACCACUCACUUGGUGGGAUCGGCGCUGUCCGAUCCAUACCUUUCAUACUCGGCUGGUCUACAAGGUCUCGCUGGUCCACUCCACGGACUGGCAGCGCAAGAGGUGCUGCGUUGGAUCCUGCAGAUGAAGGACCACAUCGGCGAGAACUUUAGCGAGCAAGACGUCAAGGACUACCUGUGGACUACGCUUAAGUCUGGCCGUGUUGUGCCCGGGUACGGCCACGCAGUCCUUCGCAAGCCUGACCCACGUUUCGAGGCCCUGAUGGACUUUGCAUCCAGUCGAAAGGAGAUUGCUGCAGAUCCGGUGUUCCAGUUGGUCAAGAAAAACAGCGAGAUCGCACCAGGUAUCUUGACCGAGCACGGCAAGACCAAGAACCCCUUCCCGAACGUCGACAGCAGCUCUGGAGUGCUUUUCCACCACUACGGCUUCCACAACACACUGUAUUACACGGCAACGUUCGGUGUGAGCAGAGGUCUCGGUCCACUGGCACAACUUGUGUGGGACCGCGCUCUUGGAUUGCCAAUUGAGCGUCCCAAGUCGAUUGAUUUGAAGGGGCUCCUGGAGCUCGCGGAGAAAUAA